AUGUUGAAUACCAGAAAUAUUCGAGUGGUGGUGGCAGCUUUUGUGCUCUUCACCGUGGUGGGCUACUUUGCCUUCUCGUCGAGCUCGUUUACCGAGUCCGUAAACCGUGUGAAGCCUCCUGCAUCGCCAGAUUUUGUUCUUGAAGAAGGAAACACCUUACAGGGUUCUUCCCACCAGGGUUCUGAGGCUCCUUACAAGGCUUCAAAUAAUCUUGCAGACAAGCUUGGUAGUUCUAAGCCUGGAUUGGAUGAUGAUAAGGAAACUACUGAUUCGAAGGCUGAUUCUAAGGCUGGAUAUGAUGCUGAUGUUGACUCUAAAGUUGGUUCUAAGGUUAAUCCUGAAGAUAGUCCCGAUGCUGAUUCCAAGGUUGACUCUAAGGUUGGAAGUACCGCAAAAACUGGCUCCAAAGGUUCCGAGUCCGAGUCCGACUCUACUCAACCUCUUAAGGAAGUCAAGACAGCAGGCGAAAAGUGUGAGAAGACAGACUACGUGGUGAUGAUCGAUGCUGGAUCCAGCGGCUCGCGUGUCCACGUCUACUCUUUCGACACAUGUGUGUCGCCACCACUCUUAUUGAACGAAGAAUUCAAGAUGUUGAAUCCUGGGUUGUCGUCGUUCGAUGCCGACACCGUUGGUGCAGCCAAGUCGUUGGAUCCAUUGUUGGAAGUUGCCCUCAAAACUGUGCCAAAGGACAAACAAGGAUGUACUCCUGUCGCUGUCAAGGCAACUGCUGGCUUACGUUUGUUGGGUAAGGAAAAGAGUGACGCCAUUUUGGCCGAGGUCCGUAAGCAUUUGGAGACUAACUAUCCAUUUGCUGUGGUCAAGGGAGACGGUGUCUCCAUCAUGGAAGGUAAGGAUGAGGGUGUUUAUGCGUGGAUCACCACAAACUACCUUUUGGGCAACAUUGGCGUGGAAGAGAAGCUCCCCACCGCUGCUGUCUUUGACUUGGGUGGAGGUUCUACUCAGAUUGUGUUCGAGCCAGAAUUCCCGGAUAACGAAGUUAUGGCUGAGGGUGAACAUAAGUACGAGUUCACGUUUGGCUCGCGCAAGUUCACCUUGUACCAAUUCAGUCACUUGGGCUACGGCUUGAUGGAGGGAAGAAACAAGGUCAACUCUUUAGUGGUCAAUAACCACAUCAAGAACAAGAAGGCAGAGUUGACCAAGUACACCACCAAGGCCGAGGCCAAGGAUGCUAAGGCCACCGUGACCAUAGUCAACCCAUGCUUCCCUCCUGAUGUGGAGGCAGAGAAUGUCCAGGUCAAGAUUUCGGACGAUGAGAUCUACGUGGUUAACUUCAAGGGUCCUUCCGAUGUCACCGGACCUCAAUGUAGACAUCUUGCCGAGCAGGUCUUGAACAAGAAGGCCGAGUGUAAGACUCUUCCAUGUUCGUUCAACGGAGCUUACCAACCAUCGUUGGUCAGAGCUUUCCACAGAGACUCUGACAUGUGGGUGUUUUCCUUUUUCUACGACAGAACCAACCCAUUGGGAUUCCCUGGCUCUUUUAAGAUGGACGAAUUAAUGGACUUGACCAAGACCGUGUGCUCGGGCCUGAACUUGUGGGAAGAUGUGUUGUUGGGCGACGGAGCUUCGCAAUUGAAGAAGGAGCCAAGCUGGUGUCUUGACUUGUCGUUCAUCAGUGCCAUGCUCCACACAGGCUACAACAUUCCAUUGAGCAGAGAGUUGAAGACUGCUAAGACUAUUGCUGACAAUGAGUUGGGCUGGUGUCUUGGUGCUUCGUUACCAUUGUUAGACGCUAAGGCAGGCAACUGGCAGUGCAGAGUCGACCAGGUCGAAUAG